AUGCUGGCGCGUGUCACCCGCUGCAGCCUCAUCCUGGGGGACAAGGGCACCGUCCUGGGCGGCGACGAUGGCCGAGAAGAGCAGGGGCGGGGGUGGGGAGGGGACGGCCCAGCGCCACGUGCCCACACCUCGGGCCACAGCCGGCCCCGGCCCCGGGACUCGCGCACGCGCUGGGGCGCCCUCUCGCUCCGGCCGCCGCCUCACUGCGACCAGCCUUAG